AUGGGUAUUAAAGGCCUUACUGCUCUCAUAUCUGACGAAGCGCCUGGUGCUAUCAAGGAGAUGGAGAUCAAGACCUACUUUGGUCGCAAAGUAGCCAUUGAUGCGUCUAUGUCGCUCUACCAAUUUCUAAUCGCUGUGCGUCAGAAUGACGGUCAGCAACUCAUGACUGAAUCGGGCGAAACAACGUCGCAUCUUCUGGGCUUUUUUUACCGAACGCUGCGAAUGAUCGACUACGGGAUCAAGCCCAUGUACGUAUUUGACGGUACACCGCCCGACUUAAAGAAGGAGCUGCUACAGAAACGAUUUGGUCGUCGUGAAGAAGCGCGCGAGCAGGAAGAGGAGCAAAAGGACGUGGCGGAUGCCGAGAAGAUGGACCAGCUGGCGCGUCGACAGGUUCGUCCGACGAGGCAGCAUAACGAAGAAGUGAGGCAUCUGCUCAAGCUCAUGGGCAUACCCUGCGUCAUUGCGCCUUCCGAGGCUGAGGCCCAGUGUGCCGAGCUCGCGCGUGCUGGAAAAGUCUACGCGGCCGGUUCCGAAGACAUGGACACACUCACCUUCGGCACCCCCAUCCUGCUCAAGCACCUCACUGCCUCGGAACAGAAGAAAUUGCCCGUCCACCAGGUCGACCUCGCCAAAGCGCUAGAAGGCCUUCAGAUGACCAUGGCGCAAUUCAUCGAUCUGUGCAUCCUGCUCGGUUGCGACUAUCUCGAUCCCAUCAAAGGCAUCGGUCCCAAAACAGCGCUCAAGCUCAUCCGCGAACACAAGACGCUCGAAAACGUCGUCCAUCACCUCAAAGAAGAUGGCAAAAAGUCGGUCCAAAUCCCCGAUCACUGGCCCUUCCAAGAAGCGAGAAAGAUCUUCGAAAGCCCAGACGUGCAAAAGGGCGUUGAUUUGGAUCUCAAGUGGGAGGCACCAGACGUCGAAGCUAUGGUCAAGUUUCUGUGUCAAGACAAGGGCUUUUCAGAGGACAGAGUCAGAAAAGGCUGUGAGAAGUUGCAAAAAUCUUUGAGCCAGAAGCAGCAGGGCAGGCUCGACGGCUUCUUCACCGUCAAGCCUGGCUCCGCCCCGCCGAAACGCAAAGCCGAGGACGACAAGAAAAAUGUCAAAAAGAAAGGCAAAAAGUGA